AUGGUGAGCCUCAGAGCAGAACGCGACGGACUCCCAGCCCAGGACACUGCUCAGGGUCGCGCAAGGGCCCAUAUCAGCUGCAAGCUGCCGAAUUCAUGCUGCAGGCUGCCGGCUGAAAAUCGGAAGGUUGCAGGGGAUGCAAGGAAUUUCCUGAGACAUAGUCAUGCCAGGAUCGCCUCAGGUAGAACCUCCGGAGGAUACAGCCAGGGCCAAUGCAACUCACAUCGUCUCCGACCAGCGGGCGACGCCUUCGAAGGACUUGCCAAUGUGGAGCAGAUCAUAAUCUACGACACAGACCAUGUGGGUGAGUCUGACGGGGACGAGGACGGAAGACAUGCAGUUACCUGGAGACGCCGGGCUUGGCUGAGGCUGCUCUGCGACCUCUGCGUGAAUCUGUGUAAGUGCAAGCCGUGCCUGAGAAUUUAG